AUGUUUAUCAACUGGGCUCACUUUAUCAUUCCCAAAAUAACGUUUAUCUUGUCUUUCAUAGCCAAUCCUGUAUUCGUAUAUCUGAUACGUACGGAAAAAGUGAUUCAAUUCGGUGAUUAUCGCUAUCUUUUAUACUUUUUUGCAAUUUUUAAUCUUACUGCAUCAGUUGUGGAUAUUUUGAUACCAGCCUGUGUUUAUAGCUAUCGUUAUGCGGCUGUAUUCUUCAUUGUAGAUAGUGUUUUUUCAGAGCGUUCCAACUUUGCCCCUACCUUAAUAUCCUUGCGAUGUGCGUUUAUUGCUGGAACCUAUGGAAUCCUCAACAUUCAUUUCAUUUUUCGCUAUAAUGUCCUGAAAAAUACAAGUUUUGUUAGUCAUUAUUUCAUGCCAUACGGUCUGAUAUUAUCGAUUUUUCUUGUGAUAUUCCAUAUCGGUCUAUGGACGUUUGUAGUCGAGCCAACUAUGUAUUCGAGCGACGAAUCAAGGAAUUACGUGAGACAAGCUUUUCAAGAAGAAUACGGCGUGGAUGUGAACACAAUUAGUACAAAAAUUGCAGUAUAUGCGGAAGCCUCUUCAGGAAUAGUUUUCCGAGCGUGGAUAGGAACUGGAGUUGUGACAGUUAUUGCUUCCUAUUCUAUGACUUUAUAUUUUGUCCUAGGUUAUAAAUUUCAGAUAAUGUCAGGUUUAAAUCAAGGGUCGGCAACUAUGAGUCUGAAAACUGCGCAAAUGCAAAAACGACUAUUCUGGGCAUUAACUAUUCAGACUAUAAUUCCGAUUUGUGUCAGUUUUAUGCCAGUAACACUGGUUCUUUAUGGUUCUGCAUUUUGCAUAGACUUUCCCAACUGGAUAAAUUGGGGUUCUGCAACUGCAAUUUCGUUUUUCCCAUUUCUGGAUCCUCUGGCUAUUAUAAUGUGCCUACCAGCGCUGCGUCAAAGACUUGGCAGAAAAAUUGGAAUUCGCCCGUCUCAAGUUCAAGUCUCUUCAAAUCAAAUUAAUACUAUUGAUGGCUAA